AGCAGUGGGCAGCAGAGCUCAGCUGGCUUUGUAUGUGCUGCAGCAACCUCACCUCCUCAGCAAGAGAAAAACAUGGCAGCGGCACCUCUGAAACAGCUGUCAGCCGGGAAGGAGCAUCUCAGUAGCUAGCCUGGAUCCAAACAUGAGCUUCAAGGCAGCCUGGAGAGAGAGUAUUAGCACAUCUAGCCCAGCAAGGACAGCCAGCCAGCAGAGCCCUACAGCAGCUAGCACAAUACAGCCGCUGCAUGAUCAGCAAUACCCAGACAAGAUCAUCAUCCUCUAAUCUGACAGCAAAGCUGCGAGGCUCAGCCCCUCAAUAACUCCCCAUCUAAAGGACAAAUCCAGGAAAACUACAAGAAUGAGUGAACAGAGUAUUUGCCAAGCACGCGCUUCCGUAAUGAUCUACGAUGACACAAGUAAGAAAUGGGUGCCAAUCAAACCUGGACAGCAAGGAUUCAGUCGGAUAAAUAUAUAUCACAACACCUCCAGCAAUACAUUCAGAGUAGUAGGAGUCAAACUGCAGGAUCAGCAAGUAGUCAUUAACUAUUCACUUGUGAAAGGCCUGAAAUAUAAUCAGGCCACGCCAACUUUUCACCAAUGGCGGGACGCUCGACAGGUGUACGGUCUGAACUUUGCAAGCAAAGAAGAGGCAACCGCUUUCUCCAAUGCCAUGUUGUUUGCGCUCAAUAUCAUGAACUCUCAAGACGGAGGUCCUGCUGCUCAGCGCCAAGCUCCAAAUAUUCAGAAUGGACCCUCACCAGAUGAAAUGGAAAUACAACGAAGGCAGUUGAUGGAGCAACAGCAACAGCAGAGACAAGAAACCCUUGAGAGAAGAACUUCUACAACAGUUUCUACCCUUCAGAUAAAAGUGUCUUCUUCCCCUUCCCACUGCCAGUCUCCUCCUCCUGACUACAAUAACUACAGUGCUUCUGCAUCAGCUGGUGCUAUCCCACCACCAUCUUAUUCCAAAGCUAUCUCUUCAACAUCUACUGUCCCUGAAUCUAGUAGUAAAUCCACUAAAAAGUCCAGCGUAUCCCCAGUGUUGCAGCACAGACGUCCUGGAUCAGAGCCUUCAUUAUCCCAGGGCUCUGGCAUUUCUCCAAUAUGGCCAAGCAACGGGACUCUAUCCCGAAGCAUGAAGCAGAUAUCGUUAUCCCCACCACCAUCCUCUCCCGAUUCUCAUUUUCCAUUUUCCGUUCAUCAGUCUGUAAAACAUCCUACUAUGCCAUACUCCUCAUACACUCCUCCUCCUGUAUCAGUAAGCUCAACGUUGCAGAAGAGCAUAUCGCCACAUACUCUUAUUCCAGUGGUCCUUCCUGUGAUUCCUGUUCAGAACAGCAGUAUCAAGGGAUGUGCUGAUAAUGUGGUCCAAACCCUCCCACUAAGUGGAUCUUACAUAGGACCUGAUGACCAAGCAGAAAAAAAUGCAUUUUCUUUGCGCUCCCCAAGCCCCGAGGCUAAAAGCACUGAACGUUCUUUCUUAUCAUGUUAUGAAACUGUUCCCAUUGGCCAGUUACCAUUAAUAGCCACAUCCACUGCUAUCCUUUCUCAAUUGUCUCAACCCUUCCAGUCUUCCCCACAUGCUUCUCAGCCAUCAUACCAGUCCAUUUCACAAUGUGUUCCAUUACCUCCCCCUUAUGCUGCUGUAUCUGAGAUCAGUAUGUCCAAGAGAAUAGCACCGUACAUGACAUCAUCAACCAUUUCUCAGUUAAGCCCUUCUUUACCACCUGGUCACCCAUCUUCUGCUGCCAUGGUAACUACUAUAGGAGCAGCACCUGCUCCAGCUAGUGGUCCGCCUCCACCACCACCCCCCGGACCCCCACCCCCGUCUGGUGCUACACCUCCUCCUGCCCCACCUCUGCCAGCAGGCGGAAGCCAAGGAAUCAUCUAUGAAGACAGUCCAGCGUCAGGGCUUGCUGCUGCCCUGGCUGGUGCCAAACUGAGGAAAGUUCAACGGCCAGAAGAUUCUUCAGGAAGCUCUAGUCCUUGCGGGGCAACCAAAUCAGAUGCCAAUCGAACAAGUAGCGGAGGAGGUGGCGGAGGUCUUAUGGAGGAGAUGAAUAAAUUGCUGGCUAAAAGACGAAAAGCAGCUUCGCAAACAGAUAAAACAGGAGACAAAAAGGAAGAAGAAUGCCAAAACGAUGAUGCCAGUCUUUCACCUUCUCCUAGUACGCGAGGUCCUACACCGCAGAAUUCUUCAGAUCUGGGCAAGAAGCCAUGGGAGAGAAGUAAUUCUGUUGAAAAACCUGUAUCUACUUUACUCUCUAGAACUCCACCAGUGGUGAAGAGUCCCGAAGCUAAGAGCCCCAUUCAGUCUCAGCCACCCUCUAGCAGGAUGAAAGCUGUGAACAGCAGCAAUGAUGUUUCCACUGAUCCCUUAGAUUUUGACAGAAUGAAACAGGAAAUUCUAGAGGAGGUUGUCAGAGAAUUGCAUAAAGUCAAAGAAGAGAUUAUUGAUGCUAUCCGGCAAGAGCUGAGCAGAAUCAGUACAACAUAAUGAUUGCACAGACCCUGCAGUCUGGGAAUGUACAGUUAAUUAUUGAAGAACUGGGGAAACUUUGGGUGUUGUGGAAGUCACAUAAGCGAAAGGAAGAUACCUGCACUCUCUUUUCAUUUUUACUUGCAGACUCCGCACACUUUGAAGCUUGCUGCAUUGGAUUUGCUUUUAUUCAAAAGUCUUAAACAUGAAAAAAAAAAAUAUAUACAAACAUUUUAAAUCUUCUGGAUUUUUUUUUCUUUUUUUAGAUCUUCAUCUGACAUUGCACACCAAUAAUUUGUCAGCCUUUUUUUGUAUAAUAUAUUUGCUUAUUUAAAUGUAUUAUUUUACAUUUAGCAGUAGUUUUAAGAAAAUGUGAACAUUUGCUUUAAUAGAAUGGAUACAAAAGUAAUUUUACUGGUAGUCUGCAAUGCUAAGACCCUUUUUUGCCAACCAAAUUCUAUUGCAGAAUCACUUAAAAAAACAGACAUGUUACAAAAUGUAAGGUGACAAAUUACGUUUCCACUUUCAUCACAAUAUAAAAAUGGUACGUCAGUGCACCACAGUAACUGUAUUCAUAAUGGUAAUAAAUUGUUUAUUGUCCAA